AUGAGGACUGCUACUCUUUCUACCUCUACCGCGCUGGUCGCGUUUGCGUCACUUGCGAAUGCGCAUUUUAAUCUUGAUUAUCCUGCUGCGAGAGGCUUCGAUGAGGACGUACUUGGAACUUUCCCUUGUGGUGGCCAAGAUACAGUCUCCUCGAAUCGCACCUCAUGGCCAUUAAGCGGAGGCUCAAUAGCUUUGACAAUGGGACAUAUAGAUGCAAAUGUCGAGGUUCUGAUAGCGGUUGGAUCCGAUCCUGGCUCUGCGUUCAACACCAUCAUUCGACCUACUUUUACAGAACAGGGCCUCGGAGCCUUCUGCAUGACAGGCUUCACCCUCCCCUCCUCCCUCAACAUCUCCGACGGCACCGAAGCAACGAUCCAAGUAGUAACGAACGGCGACCCAGACCGUGGACUUUACAACUGCGCCGAUAUCACGUUUUCUAGCACUGCUACAAAUCCUGAUUCAAGUGUCUGUAAAAAUGCGACUGGCGUUACAACGACCCAGGCGAGUGUUGCGGGCAAUCCGAACGUGACGAGCUCAGAGGCCAAUGGGACGACGAAUGGGGCGGAGAGUGGUGCUGUUGGGAUGAGAGUUGGGGUCGAGAAUUUGCUACUUGCUGCUUUGACGGGCGUAGUCUUGUCUUUCGCUUUGUAGGGCCUGUCUUGAUUUGAGGAGUAAACGUGGUGAUGACUGGAUAUUAAAGGGUGGGGCUUUUGUUGUGUGUAUGAAGAAGAUAUCUCUGAUAUACAUUCAUUGGGAUAGAAUCAGUCUGCUGACGAUCA